AUGUCGAGUCAACCGACCCUUGUCUUCAUACCAGGUUCCUGGCACAGACCUACAUGCUACGACCCGAUCAUCAAGCUCCUGGAGCCUAAGUUCAGAUGUGUGGCAGUGUCUCUUCCCUCGACAGCAUUUGAUCCCGAAGCGACCUUCAAAGAUGAUCUCGAUGCUGCUCAGAAUGCGAUCUCUGCCGAGACAAGUAGCGGGCGCAAUGUUGUUGUCAUUGCGCACUCGUAUGGCGGCAUCGUGGGUAACAGCGCGAUCAAAGGCUUCGCAAAGCCAAAGGACGGUAAUGACAGUCAAUUGGGAUACGUCAUUGGGCUGGUCCUCAUUGCUUCUGGCUUCACCUUGACUGGGAUGGCCUUUAUGGAUCCAUUCUUCGGUCGUCCGCCGCCUGCCUGGCGUGUGAAUAACGAGACCGGCUACGCUGAGCUUGUUGUUUCCCCACGGGAGCUGUUUUACCAUGACCUGCCAGAGGAAGAAGCAAAAUAUUGGGUUUCUCAGCUCACGACCCAGAGUCUGAAGGCGUUGUUCGAAGGCGGCGAGUAUUCUUAUGCCGGUUGGAGAGAUGUGCCAUCUUGGUACAUUGGGACUGUGGAGGAUCGGGGGUUACCGGUGCUGGCACAGCGGAUGUCAGUUGGUAUGGCGAGAGAAAUGGGUGCUAAUGUGGAGCAUCGAGAGCUUCAAACCAGCCAUUCGCCCUUUUUGAGCCAACCUGAAUUGACAGUGGAAAUACUUUUGGAGGCUGUUGAUGCUUUUACCAACUCAAAGAGUGGCAAGGUCAAGUCGUCCUCUGGUGGAGCUGAGAAUGCGAUAGUAGUGCCGGGCACCACACUCUUGAAGCCAUUGACAUGGUUUAAAUUUGGACUGCCAAUGGCCUUUGGCCGGGUGUUGGGCCGAUGCGUUCUUUUAUUUGGCUGGGGAAGAAGACUCUGGAGAGCCGGCUUGCGCUGA